UACUACGACUACUACUACUACUACUACGACUACUACUACUACGACUACUACUACUACGACUACUACUACGACUACUACUACUACGACCACGAAUACUACUACGAAUACUAA